AUGGGGAAUCCAAAAAAAUGGGAUAAUGGUCUUGGAAAUGUGAUAAAGGAUUAUUUUUCUCAAAUUUUUACUGCUAAACAUGGGGAUUGGGAUGAGGUUUUGAAUUGUGUAAAUCCUAUAGUCAAGGAGGAGCACAAUAGAAAUUUGCUUAGGCCAAUUCAAGAUCAAGAAGUUAAAGAUGCCUUGUUUCAAAUGCAUCCCGAUAAGUCGCCGGAACCGGAUGGUAUGAACCCAAAAUUUUUCCAAAAGUAUUGGCAUAUUAGAAAGAAAGUUGGGAAGGAUGGUUAUAUGGUGUUAAAGCUUGAUCUUAGUAAAGCAUAUGAUCGAGUUGAUUGGCUUUUUCUAUGUGCUAUUUUAUCUCGGUUGGGUUUUGAUGACAAAUGGGUUUGGCUUAUUUUUGGAUGCCUUUCUUCGGUUCAAUUUCAUGUGGUGAGUAGUGGGUAUACUCUUGGGCCAAUCACUCCUAGUAUAGGACUUAGACAAGGCGAUCCAAUCUCACCUUAUCUUUUUCUCAAAUGUGCAGAAGGAUUUUCGACAUUAAUCAGAAGCUUUGAGGAUAGAAAAUUAAUCCAUGGGUGUAAAGUGGCAAAUGGUGCUCCUAUUGUGUCUCAUAUGCUCUUUGCGAAUGAUAGCUUUUUGUAUUGUAAAGCUACGGAACAAGAAGUUGCAAACAUACAACAGAUGCUUGAUGUUUUUGCUAAAGCAUCGGGCCAACAGGUCAAUUUUACUAAGUCAUCUGUGUUCUUUAGCACCAAUACGACGAGUAUGCGACAAACUAUUUGUAAUAGAAUGGGCAUUCGUGAGGCUGAUGAGAAGAGCAAAUAUCUGGGUCUUCCAAGUACUAUUGGUAGAAAUAAAAUUGCUACUUUUAGCUAUGUGGUGGAUAAAGUACAUAAGAGGGUUCAAACUUGGGACAAUAAGUUCUUAUCGAAGGCUGGGAAGGAAGUGCUUAUUAAAUCUGUUAUUCAAGCUCUCCCUGCCUAUACCAUGAAUGUGUUUCUUCUUCCCGUCAGUAUUAGUACUGAUGUCGUGGAAAUUUUGGUGGAGAAGCAAUAA